AUGCCAGUGAAUGAAACAGCUGUGAUACCAACAUCAUUUAUAGGCCGUAUUAGUGCCCGUACAAGCCUUAUUUCAGCCAGAGAUUAUAAAACAACAGUGCAACUAUUGGAUGAUAACGAAACGAUUUGUCAAGAAUUCAAGAAAACAUCGAACGCCCAAGUUAUAUUAGACUAUAUAUGCGAAUAUUUGAAUAUUGUUGAGAAGGACUACUUUGGUCUGCGAUUUCAGGACUUUAGUAGACACAGGUACUGGAUGGAUCUCAACAAACCAAUAUAUAAACAAGUACGAGGUCCUAAUGUGGCUUUGCGAUUUCGUGUGAGAUUCUAUCCGUCUGAUGUGAGUGUCUUGAAGGAAGAGAUAACUCGGUAUAUGUUAUUUGUGCAGCUACAAAGAGAUCUCCUUCAUGGACGUUUGUACUGUUCUCAGAAUGAAGCAGCUGUAUUGAGUGCGCUGGCUCUGCAAUCCAUAAUCGGUGAUUAUGAUGCAGAAGAGAGACCAAAAAAUUAUGUAGCUGAAUACAAGUUACUUUUAAAACAAACCGAAAAACUUGAGGAAAAGAUCGCGGAAUCUCAUAAAUUAUUCAAAGGACUCACUCCGGCAGAAGCGGAAAUGGAAUUUUUGAAACGAGCAUCCAAAUUAGACACUUACGGAUUUGAUCCAUAUACUGUCACGAGUAAGCAAAAACAGACAAUGUAUAUCGGUGUUACACAUCGUGGUAUCUACAUUUACCAUAUCAGUCGAAUGAUCCAUCACAUCACAUGGAAUGAACUGGAAAAAGUGGAUUAUGUUGGAAAAGAAAUUAUUAUAACACCGGUGUCAUCUUACGUAUCGCCUUACUUAUCGUCCUCUGAGGAUGAUGAACAUACAACGGAUACAUUGAAAUCCACUUCCAGUAUAAGAAAUGGAUUUAUCAAGUUCCAUAAUAAAACAACAGGUGCUCUGAAAUUCCACUGUCCAUCAGCCAUGUUUGCGAAACAUCUUUGGCGUCAUAUUUUGUCACAGCAAGCUUUUUUUACUGAAAAUGACGCCAAGCAUAUUAAACCAAAAUUUUCAAAACCGCGUAUACCCUUGUUGACUCGUGGUUCAACAUUUCGUUUUCCGACAUCAAGAGUCCUUCAUGAAAUUGAAGUAGAAGGACAUAGCAAACGCGAUGGUCCUCAACCAAGAUUUACCAGAUAUCCAUUGCUUCGCCAGUCACCGCGACAACCUGUUUGCAAUACCAGUAAUAACUACAACUCACUAUCAGUUGUUCAUAACGGUGAGAAAGUCUCUGAAGUGAUACUUGAAAAUGUGGAGGAAGAAAAUGCAAUAAAAAUAGCUUCAAACAAUGAUGGGAUGACUGAAGUGGAUUUAUUGCCGAUCGCCGAAACUUCAACCACUAUCGCUUCCUCUAGUUCCGAAAAUACGACAACAUUUACUAUACAUCUUGUGCGGAAAGAACCAUUAUCUUCAGAGACGUUUGGUACUUCUCAUUCUGGAAUGCAGUCGCCAGUUAACGAUUCUUUUGAACAGAUGUUAAAUGCGGUAAAGCCAUUACACAUUAGCACACCUACUGGAAAUUCUGGUCCUGAUAACAUAACGACAACGAUGACGAAAACAAAUAAUGUUGAAUGUGAUAUUAAUAGAUAUGAAAGUGUUGAAAAAUCAUUAGAAUAUGAUCAUAAUAACUAUGCUACAACCUCUCAACAUUUAAUAAAUAAUGAGAAAUUAGGAGUUAUUACAAGACGACAUCCUAACAAUUCGAUUACUGUAUCUGCUGCUAAAAUAUUCUUCUCAUUACUGCUAUUUUGGCUUCUAUUAAUUGCUGUUGCUAUCUCACUAUUUGAGCACGAUUCACCAUGGUUAAAUUCUAUACCAGCUUUGGAUUCAGUGAGGCACAUAUUCUAUGAACCACUGCGACACUACAUUUUAGCUUUGUAUGUUCGCUUAGGACGCCACUGA